AUGACUUAUCUACCAUUCCAGCUUUCUGGUUACCUAAGUAUAGAGUCAAAGACUCCAUUUACCUCUCGUGAUAGACACCAUCCAUCUCUAAGCCAGCCAAAACCUCAAUACCUCAAAAUGAUCCUCAAAAACUUCCUCCUCCUCACCUCCCUAGCCUACCUAGGCCACUCCACCCCUCUAUCCAACGCCAGCCCAGAACCUAAUGAAGAAGCGUCAUCAUCCCUCGAAGCCCGCUCAAGCGGCGUCUGGCUCGACAUCUUCCACUCCGGCUCCUGCGACGGCGGCGCUGAAUCCCAACCAACAUCCGGCUGGGUCUGGGCCGGCCAAUGCAAAAAUAUCGAACCAAACUCUUACGGCGCAAAACUGGGGUAUAACGUAAAUGAAUGGCCGUACUGGUGUAUAUUGAAGUUUUGGGAAGGGGAGAAUUGUCAUGGGCAUGCGACAACGACAAAGAUUGGGGAUACGGAGAAAAAAGAGCAUGUUACGAAGGAUUUUGAGGGGAAUUAUAAUUGUAUUGCGACUGCGAAUAAGGGUGGGCAGUUUUAUUUGGGCGGGGGUGCUUCGAGUGUUAUGUUGAUUUGUUGA